UCGAUUCAUUCAAUUUCAACCGGUAGCACACUAGUACUCGUCACUUCGCUCUCCGCCCGUCACUCAGCCGUGCCCGUCUUCGACUCAAGUCACUCAACCUCCUCCUCGUAAGUCCGCCAGUCUGAUUUACUCUGUAGUCCGUAAGAGGCGUUGCUUCCUUCGCAGUGGUAGCUCCACGCCUCCACCGCUCCAGAUAACCUUCGACUUCGAGGGCCGAGGCAAAAUCGGCCGCCGGCGAUUCUUCCAAGUUCCAGCAAUAGGCAGCCAGCAGAAGAAGAAGAUGAGCCAUUGAAUAAAAGCUCAAGCAAGAGAUCGUUGAGCUGCACUUUAUAUCAAUGAUUGAAUAACUCCAUGAAAUUGGGCUUUUGCGAUUAAUCUUGACAAAUUGAAGAUUCAAAAGUUGAAUCCAAAUAAACUUUGGGUAUUCCCAAUUCAUCCAGUGUGGGGCUGGCUUUUUAGCUGAGUGAACUGAGUCGUGUUACUUCGUGUUCACAGCGAGUUUUUUUGUACCCUGCUAUUUAUACAAUGUUAACAGCCCAUUCGGUGGCCAUCUCAAUUGUGUCACCCAUCAUACACCCACCUCCAACCGCAUUAACUUCCCAAUCGAUAUCCUCUUGUCUUCCAAAACUAAUACCGGGAUCCAAGACCAGACGGCGAACCGAAAAAGCUAGAGUCUUUACUCAAUCCCCGACACUUGCAGUCCUUUCCGACCCUCAUGUUCUCCAACUUGCAGAAACUCUUGAAGACUCCCUCCAGUCAUCAUCAUCUGCACCUCUGCCUCCUCUACAAAAGCUUAGAGACAUAUCCGCCCAAUCCCUUCUCUCAACCCCAUGGCCUUCACGCAAGGAUGAACCUUUUAGGUUUACUGACACUUCUUUUAUCAAGAACUCUCAUAUCGAACCCAUAUCACCCUCCAAGUCACGAUCUUUGGCUUCUUUGCCAGUUUUAAGUGAUACUCUUUUGCCUUUAAAUGUUACUAUACUUGAUGGGUAUGUGGUGGACUCUUUGUCACAGUUAUCAGAAUUGCCCGAUGGGGUGUUUGUUGGUGGUCUGUCAAGCAUAACUUCUGAGGCUACAAUGAAAAGGGUGUCUGAAUGUGUGCCAAAUUUUCAGGGGGACUUGUUUUGGCUGCUUAAUGGAGUGGGUGCUCCUGAUAUAAUUGUUAUAUAUGUGCCUGAGGGGUGUAGAGUUGAGAGUCCAUUGCAUUUGAAGUACUUCUCGCUGAAAGGGAGUGAAAAAGAUUCAAAAACUUUGCCAAUUUCAAAUCCGAGGGUGUUAGUUCUGGUGGAGAAAGGUGGAGAGAUUGGUAUAGUCGAGGAAUAUACCGGCGUAGAUGGGACUGAUAUGUGUUAUUGGGCCAAUUCAGUUAUGGAAAUUGUCAUUGGGAAUGGGGCGAAGGUCAGCCAUUCUUAUAUUCAAACACAGUCCUUGGGUGCUGCACAUAUUAAAUGGACUUCGGUUCGCCAGGAAUCAACUAGCAUCUAUGAGCUCACAGAAGUAAGCACCGGUGGAAAAUUGAGCAGGCACAAUUUACAUGUGCAGCAAGUCGGGCCAGAAACUGUGACAGAGUUAUCAACAUUUCACUUAUCAAUUGGUGAUCAAAUACAAGAUCUACAUAGUAAAUUAGUGUUGGACCAUCCACGCGGGGUUUCUCGUCAACUUCACAAAUGUAUCGUGGCUCACUCUUUGGGGCAGGCUGUUUUUGAUGGGAAUGUACAAGUCAAUAGAGAUGCUCAGCAAACAGAUGCAGGACAACUAACAAGGAGCCUUCUAUUGAAGCCUCGGGCUACUGUCAACGUUAAGCCUAAUCUUCAAAUCAUUGCAGAUGACGUCAAGUGCUCCCAUGGAGCUGCGAUUAGUGAUCUGGAAGACGACCAACUCUUCUACUUCCAAGCUCGUGGUAUUGACAUAGAAGCUGCAAGAAAAGCUCUUAUAAUUUCAUUUGCGGCUGAGGUGAUAGGGCGUUUCCCUAACACUUCGGUGCAGAAGAAAGUCGAGGGUCUAAUGAGAAAAUUGCUUGAUCCUACAAUUCCUUCAGGGUAAGGAUUGAUCAUUUGUGUAAAACUCUUAAGUGAUGAUGUUUUGCAAUUUAGUUAUUGCUAUCUUCCAAAAUAUACAGAUCAGAAUUCAGUUCUUGAAGUGAAGAAAGCAAAUUAUUCAAGUUAUUGUACCAGUUUUUGCUAUUUCAAAUUUUCUAUAAAUUAUUCUCUUUUAUUGUGUAUGAUAUGAUAAAUUCCAAGUGAGGUCGUUAGCUUUGUGGACCAA